ACAGACCGACAGCUUUGACUUCAGCCUUUAGCAGCCAUUAGACUCAUUAUUUCUCUUCAUUCCUCCAAAUAUUUACACAUCUAUCUAUUCUAAAGGUGUCCGAGGGUGAUGCGGAGUGUGUGUGUGAGCCGUGGCUUGGCGACCCGACCCGAGCGCUGGUGACGGGGGUCAUGGGACUGCUGCUGUUGCUGCCCCCUGUCCGUCUCUCAGUCUGCCCCGCUGCUUCUGGAGGCCCCAGGGUCCUACGCUCCCUAAGGUUCCUGCCCAGUCCUGAAAACAGCACAGCUGGUGGUGAUUUUCAGUCUUGUGUCUGAGGAUAAUGUCUGAAUCUUCUCUGGACACCAGAAGUAGUGACGUUAUGAAGGUUCUGGAGAGUGACGGGCCACACAUGGCCGAACCGCCCGCAACCCUCAGUGACUCCCAACAACUUGCGCCCCAGAACAACGGCACACACAACCAGGAAUGUGUGACAGACCAAAGCUCCUCCCAUCAAUCUCAGCCACAGCUUGGCCAAUCAACACAGAGUAUUAAACGGUCCAAGUCCAACGGCAAGUUAAAGUUAGUCCGCAGCUUGGCGGUGUGUGAGGAACCGUCUCCGCCUACGCUUCGAGAACUGACGCACGAACAGGAAAAGCUUCACAUCGAGCUCAGUCAGGCUUUCCACAAAGAAGAGGUCCAUCAAAAUGAGGACAGCCAGAAGAGCUGCGACAAACCCGAGAAAACAGAGCGGCUGUCCAAGAAGACUCUCUCUAGAGAUCCCAGUCAGGAAUACACAGACUCCACAGGAAUAGACCUCCAUGAGUUUCUGGUCAACACGCUCAAGAACAACCCCCGGGACAGAAUGAUGCUGCUGAAACUCGAGCAAGAUAUUCUGGACUUCAUUAGCAACAUUGAAAGUCAGAAGAGAAAGUUCCCCCCGAUGACAUCAUACCACAGGAUGCUGCUUCACAGGGUGGCGGCGUAUUUUGGUCUGGACCACAACGUUGAUCAAACCGGCAAAUCCGUGAUCAUCAACAAAACCAGCAAUACUAGAAUACCAGAUCAGAAGUUUUCCGAACACAUUAAAGACGAUAAAACGGAUGAUUUUCAAAAGCGGUACAUCUUAAAGAGAGACAACUCCAGUCUGGACCAGGAUGAUGGCAGGAUGCGUAUGCGUCUUAAGGAUGACAGACGGAGUAAAUCAAUAGAGGAGCGAGAGGAAGAGUAUCAGCGUGCCAGAGACAGGAUCUUCGCACAAGACGUACAAGACCAUUUCUCGUUUGACAAAAGAAUCCAAGAAGACAUGACCUUCAUCAACACUCAGCAAAGACGGCAAAUAUUCAGAUUGAGAGACGGGCGCUCUGGAAACAGUCGUCAGAGCAGCUCAGAGAACGAGCAGAAGUAUUCGGACCCUCGGCCCUGGAGCAGCACAGAUUCAGACAGCUCUCACAGAAACCUGAAGCCCGCCAUGACCAAAGCCAACAGCUUCAGUGGCAUCAGUCUGCUGAUCCGAGGAGAUAGUACAGCCAGCAGCAAGAGCACGGGCAAACUGUCCAAAACCAGUUCAGACUCUUCUAGUAGCGUAGGCUCCUCUUCCGGGUCUCUCUCUCGGCCUGCUCAGCUGUCGUUACCGGGCCCCGUUCGGCCCUUCACCAUGGCCCCCGCGGCCCCUCAUCCCUCCGCACCCAUAGGGGGCAGCGCAGCCUCUCAGAGCAACACUUCUAAUGCUAACAUUAACACUAACGCUAGCUUCUACAUCGUUCCUCUGGACGCCAGCGCCAUCCCGCCGGGCAGCGUCCUGCUCAAUCCACAGACAGGUCAGCCAUUCGUCAACCCCGAUGGAAGUCCUGUGGUUUAUAACCCUGCGAUGACAUCCCAGCAGGGGCGGGGCCAGCAGCACAUGACUUUACAUCCUGCCCCGCCCCCUCCUCCGCCUCCUCCUCUUCCCCCUCCACCUCAGGCGGCCAAUCACCUUCUAGCACAGUCGUCUGCUCCGUCUGUUCAGUUUGCUGCGGCGGCUGCAGUCUCUUGUCCUCCUCUCCUGCCUCCUCCUGCUCCUCCUGCUGCUUUCACUCAGCAAUACACUGUGCAACAGGACGGUUUGAGUGCUCAGUUCAGUCAUAUGAAUCUGGUCCGCCAAGCUUCAGGAGAAGCUCCCGAUCCACACUCUGGCCUUUACCCACACUCCCUUCUCCUGCAGAACAAUCAAGCCCCGCCUCCUGCCCCGCCUCCUCCUCCACCUCCACCAACCGGAUACAUGAUUCCAUCCACCGGACAGACCAUAAGCCCCGCCUACCAGCAUCACACAGCUGUCAAUCAAACCGUCCUGCAGCCACACGCGUACAUGCAGACGCCCCUGCAGCAGGUGUCGGCAUGUUACUGUGCUCCGGGUCAGUUCUCUCACUCGACUCAACACUACAGAACAGUGCCACCAGUUCACUACAGCGCCACCCAGGGCCAAACACUGGCACCACAGCAGACGGGUUUUCAGACAGUCAUGCCUCCCCAAGCCCCCAGUUACCAGAGCAUGAUGGGAGUUCAGCAGAACCAGAACCAAUCGCUGGUCAGCUCUCAAGGUGGACUUACCAAUCAGAUUCAGAGCGUCAUGGUGCAGUAUCCCACAAUGCAUCCGUACCAGGUUUCUGUUCAGCAAGGUUCCCAGAGUGUUCCUCAGGCAGCCUAUCAGCAACAGAUCAUGCUGCAGGGACAGACCAAUCAGACGCCGACGCCCUCUGCCAGCAUGCAGGUGUAUUACAGCAUGAUGCCGCCGACGCAGCACUCGAACAUCAGCUCAGCCGUCGGUUUCCUCCCUCAUCCGGGUUCAGAGCAGAUGUCGUUUCCCCGAGCUCCCUCCCCCUGCGGCUCUCAGCCAAUCACAGCACAGCAGUGCACAGCUGUGCCUCCGCCGCCCCCUGCUGGUGGAGUAGUGAUGAUGCAGUUGAGUGUUCCUCCUGGCCAGCAGCCCAGAGCCCCUACACCACCUCACUGGAAACCCACCCGCUACUACAAACCCAGCGAUAUUCCUCCCCAGGACGCCACACAGAAUAAUCCGCAGCUGCUAAGCCCCUCCCCAUCUCCAGCGCAGUCACCUGCUCCUGCUCAUCUAGCCAAUCUAAAGGGUCCUCGUCCAGGCCACGCCCCCUUCUCCAUCAUGCCCCAGUUUUCCCGCCCUUAUGCUCCAGCUCCAGGUCAAGGUGACGGCAGGUAUCCUCCUCUGAUCGGGCAGCCGCUUCAGUAUAACCCUCCCAUCAGACCCCCACUAAUGCACGGCUCUCAUGUGGUCAACCACCACCAUCAUCACCAUCUUCAUCACCACCAGGGGCCUGUGGGUGUUCGGCACGGCGGCCACCCUCGAAGACCCGCAAAGAAAUCACUGUCUACUGACAUGAGCCAAGGAGAGAUGGACACAGGCCGUGUUUUGGAGGUGACUGAUCUUCCGGCUGGCAUCAGUAGAGUGGAAGCCGAAACUUUAUUGGCAGAGCUAAGCAAAGUCGGCGCCGUCAUCACAUGGUUGCCCGAACCUCCGUCCCCAAAUCAAUCAGAGGGAGCGGACGUUACGAACACUGAGCCUCCCAAACCGCCCCCUCAUGACCUGGCGUCCAAAUACACCAUCCUGGCCUUGUUCCCCUCGAAAUGCGCAGCACAGAACACGCUCCACAAACUCAACAGCUCCAUCACCAAAUUCAGACUGAGAACUAGCAAGGCACAAAAUGAACAGCACACGCUCGCCAGAUCCAGCUCUCAGUGAGGCCACUCCCCCUGCCCGCUCUCCACCAAUCAGUACCAUCGUCUCACGCUCCCUUCCUGCCAUUUCAGUUACACCGUUUUUCUUUUUCUGUUUGUUCGUUUUUCGCACCACUACGGCUUGAUCGAAACGGGUUUGUUACUUUCGAAUGGGUUUUUCACUCUAGUUUGUUAAAAAAAAUGGAAAAAACACAGCAAAAAUGUCUAAUUUGUUCUUUCGCGGUUUCAGAUAAAUUUAAUCGAGCUUGUUUAAACGAAACCAAAAAGCUUAUUUUUAAAUAGAUCAGGAUUGCAAGACUGAAACCGAAGCAUGUUGUUUUGGGGUUUUUUUGUUUUGUUUUGUUUUUAUUGCAUCACUUCAUAUUGUUUGGAUGAGAAAAACAACCUUGCAUUUCGUUCAAAACGAAAGGAAACCAAACUGACCCAUGAACAUGAAGACAGGACAAGGGAACACUUCGACCUGUGCCUUCGCACUGUUUACGCCAAACAACGACGGAGCCAGAAAAACGUCGUCCAAAAAUUCGUAAUUUAUACUGUUUGCAGCAUCCAAAAAAGCAAGUCAUUUAUUCUGGGCUGUCCAGUUUGUCAGACUGAGUGCUUUUUCUAAGUUUUAACUUAAUUUAAACAUUGUCAGAAACGGCGCCACGGCCAAAAACGAAGGUUUUAUCGCUCUCUUUCUCUCUGUGUUAUGACGGACAGCAGUCUAUUUCUGGGUUUUUACAAUAUUCUUAUCUCAUUCAGAGUCACUGGAAUAAAAGUUUGCACUCUUUCUCAUGUCUUUCCCCCAUUUUCUUUCUCUCUCUUGCUUUUUUUCUCCCCACUUUAUUUUAUUUUUGUUGCGAGAUGUGUGGACUAUGAAAGGCUGUACAAUGUUUGCUGGUGCAAGUUGUUUUUAUCUCAGUUUGAAACCAAUAAAUGUUUACACAUAACGGUU